CUCUAUGAUGCAAUCGGGAACUAUGAAGAUCUCCCUCUCUCUCUUUCUGUAUUCUUCUGUUGGCAGGAGACUCGGAUCUGAAACUCGUCGAAGAUGUUAGAUUUAGCGGAGCUUUCAUGGGUUAUCUCCUUCGUCUCGAGGCUUCUCAGCACCGUCAGGAUGGUCAGGAAAACCGUGGCUCUGUCUCUUCUUAAACCCUCUGCUUCUCUUCUCGGCCUCUCUCCCUCUCCGGCGACAGCAACCGGUACUCCAUCGGUGGUAUCCCCUCUUGAAAGAAAGGCUGCGUUCCCCUCGAGGCCGCCGCCGGCUGGUGGCGUCGAUGCAGGCCCCACGCCCUCCGGGACGACGGCCAAGAGGAAGCGGCCGGCCAUGUUGGUCAUCCCGGCCUCCCGGCCGGAGUCGGUGAUCUCCGAGGAGUUCGGCGGCUGCCCGGAGGAUGAUCGGGAGACGGUGGCGCUGGCCGAGGGGUCUGGUUACCAUGUGGCUAGCAAGAGAGGGAGGAAACACGUAAUGGAGGACGGACAUGCAGUCAUCACCAACAUCUCCGAAGAUCCCAAACAGGCAUUCUUUGGAGUAUUUGAUGGGCACGGCGGGCGCUUCGCUGUUGAUUUUGUAACAGACAAACUUGGCAAAAACAUUGUUUCAGCCACCCAAGAACUACAAAGAUCAGAAGACAUUGAGGAAGCAAUUACAUCCAGUUAUGUUGACACUGAUAAGGAGUUCUUAAGCCAGGGGGUGAAGAGUGGAGCUUGUGUAGCAACCGUGCUGGUGAAAGAUGGUACUCUAUACGCAGCAAAUACAGGAGACUGCAGAGUUGUUCUAAGCAGAAAUGGAGUUGCAGUUCCGUUAACAAGAGAUCAUCGUCUUGAUCAACGAGAGGAUGAGCGCGACCGGAUCAAUCAAUUGGGAGGUUAUGUGGAUCGCAUCAAUGGAGUUUGGAGGGUACAAGGCUCAUUGGCAGUUUCCAGAGCCAUCGGGGAUCUGCACUUGAAGGAAUGGGUGAUAUCGGAACCAGAAGUCGGCAAACUCGAGCUUUCAUCAGAUUGCCAGUUCUUAGUCAUGGCUUCCGAUGGUUUGUGGGACAAGGUUGCUAACCAGGAGGCAGUUGAAGUGAUCUUGAAGAACAAAAACAGAAUUGAAUCUUGCAAAAAGCUUGUAGAUCUUUCGUUCAGCAGAGGCAACAAGGAUGAUAUCACUGUCAUGGUCGUAGACCUUGAGAAGUUCAUAUAAACUAUAUAUACAUGAAGGUGACAGUUAAAAAUCCAGAAAAUUCAGAUCUCAAGGACAAAAUAUCGAUCGAGAUUGAACACCCAGUGGAAAACAAGAACAUGCAAGACAUUGGAUCGAAAGAUGGCGGCGAAGCGCUGAUUCAACUGGAUUUUGGAAACUCCGCUGAUGAUUGUUGGCCCAAUUUUGAACCACAAGAAAGGCCAAUCAAUAGCAAAUUUUGUAAAAUGUUGCGUAGUUGCAGGGCUUAGAAAUUUUUCCUGUAUUUUAAUGACAAUUCUUUUAUUCUUUGGGAAAAUAUACUGUAAAUAAAAUAUAAUUAAUGACAUGGGAGUUUCAUUAGAUAACUGCAUUGUUU